CAUGCCUUCACAUACUCACUUUUCUCUCUCUCUCUCUCAGUCCAAUAAAUAAAGAAAGCAAAAUUAUUGAAAAAGACUGCUACCACCCUUCUUCACCUCUCCUUUCAUUCCCCGUCUUUUCAUUUUUAUCAUUUUCCCUCUCUCUCUCUCUUCAGCUUCACUCUUUCCAUGGCUUCUUUUUCUUCCUUUACCUUCCAUUGACUUUACUUGUUCCUCAUGCUUGAUCUGACAUGGUUUUUGAUUUCUUCACAUUUUUUGGGUUUUGCAUUAAGAUUUAUGUCGAGGAGUUGAAAGUAGGCAUGGUGAAAACGGUGAAGCUGGUGAAAAGUUAGGGUUUUAAUUAGAUUUUUGGACUUGGGUUAUAUUUGUUUGAUUAGUUUAUUGUGAUAUUUGUAAUGGUGGCAGUAUGGUGAAUCAGUAGUAGGGUUUUGUUGGAGCUUUGUGUUUGUUUUGCGAUUUUACUAAAGGUGAUAUUUUGAAGUGGGUAUGGUGGGCAAAGAGGAUGCUCCCAUUAACCCUAGGGCUCCAUCAUGCCAGCUUUCUGGUUCUAGGAAAAUGUUUUGGCGUUCAGCUUCAUGGUCCUCUUCCCGAACGAGUGGCCAAAUUCGUGAAACUGAGGAAAAAGAUCUAGGUGAAGAUCCUAAUGGUAAUGAUGGUACCAAUAUUGGACAAACCCGCCGGUUUCCUCCUCCUCCUCCUUUAACCCCGCGCUCGCAACAGAAUUGUAAGGCCAGGUCAUGUUUGCCGCCUUUGCAGCCAUUGUCGAUUGCACGGAGGAGUUUGGAUGAGUGGCCGAUGGCUGGUUCUGAUGAUCUUGGUGAGUGGCCACAGCCACCUACCCCAAGUGGUAACAAGAGUGGUGAGAGGUUAAAGCUUGAUUUAUCAUCAAUUCAGCGGAAUAAUGAUAAGAAUGGCAGGCUUCUAAAGAGAGAUAAGAUUGCUUUCUUUGAUAAAGAGUGCUCAAAAGUGGCGGAGCAUAUAUGUUUUGGUGGAGAUGCUGUUGCAAGGGACAGAGAAAUACUGAAACAAAAUGGGAUUACUCAUGUUUUAAAUUGUGUGGGCUUUGUUUGUCCGGAGUAUUUCAAGGCUGAUUUUGUGUACAGAACUUUAUGGUUGCAAGAUAGUCCAUCAGAGGAUAUUACUAGUAUACUUUAUGAUGUUUUUGAUUACUUUGAGGAUGUUAGGGAACAGGGUGGAAGGGUUUUUGUUCAUUGCUGCCAGGGGGUAUCAAGGUCCACAUCAUUGGUGAUAGCGUAUCUUAUGUGGAGAGAGGGGCAGAGUUUUGAUGAUGCCUUUCAGUAUGUAAAGGCUGCCAGAGGAAUUGCAGAUCCGAAUAUGGGUUUUGCUUGCCAGUUGUUACAGUGCCAAAAGAGGGUACAUGCAUUCCCUUUGAGCCCCAGUUCCUUAUUGAGGAUGUAUAGAAUUGCACCUCACUCACCAUAUGAUCCUUUGCAUCUAGUCCCUAAAAUGCUGAAUGAUCCGUCUCCUUCUGUGCUGGAUUCUAGAGGUGCAUUUAUUGUUCAUAUACCUUAUGCAAUAUAUAUUUGGAUCGGUAAAAACUGUGAAUCUAUCAUGGAAAGGGAUGCACGAGGUGCUGUUUGUCAGAUUGUUCGCUAUGAGAGAGUGCAGGGGCGUAUAAUUAUGAUAAAGGAAGGAGAAGAACCGGCUGAUUUUUGGGAUGCUUUUUCAAACCUUUUACCUUUGAUGGAUAAAUCUAGAAAUAAAGUUGAGCUAGGGGAGUCAGCAAUCAAGAUUUGCCCUGGUGAGAGGACAGUGGAUACAUAUAAUGUUGAUUUUGAGAUUUUCUUGAAGGCUAUAAAGGGAGGUUUUGUCCCUCCAUUUGCUUCAUCAGAGAAUGAACAUGAAACCCGCCUUCCUGCAAGAGAAAGCAGUUGGAGCAUGCUUAGACGUAAGUUUGCCUCUGGUGUAAUGAAGGAGUUUGUCUCAGCACCAAAGAUAUUGCUCUCCAGGUUUUAUUCAGAUUCCAUGAUGAUAAUUCAUGCAUCAUCACCGUCAUCAACGUCAACCUCUUCAUCUUCGUCUUCCUCACCUCCUUAUCUCUCUCCUGAUUCUCUAGCUUCUGAUUCCAGUACUUGUUCAAAGUACUUCUCUGAAUCCUCUUUGGAUUCACCCUCAGCUGUUUCCUGUUCUCUUCCAGUUUCUUCAACUUUGUCUAACUUUUCUAACUUGUCUCUAGCUCAAACUUCUUCUCAGCCCAAAUCUCGUAGCACAGAAAUUGUCAGUGUCAACCUCACUUCUCAACCUUUUUCUCACACUGGAUAUUCACCCCUUAAAAAGGUUUCACUUUCCCUUGCGGAACGUCGAGGCACUUUGUCAAAGUCACUCAAGCUGCCAGGGAUGAAGGAUAAUGUAAGAGUAACAAAUGGUCCAUCAUGUUUUCUUGUCAAGCCAGAUGGAGUCAGGAUUAAUGAUAAUAUUAGCUCAUCAUGCGAGUCGGAUAUUGAAAUUGUCUUUGAUUCCAAACGUGGUGUUGGAAAUGGAGGGGAUAUUUUGACUCAAGGUUCCGAUUUGAAGAUAUCUCCAGGUAGAAUAGCUGACUCAUAUGAUAAGGAAUGUACUUUUGUUAAUAGUUGUUGUGAACCUCAGAGAAAUCAUUGUGCCCGGGAUGGUUUUGUGUCUGCUGUUCUGAGUAGGAUGGAGGAAAGCAUUCCAGCAUGUCAUGGUGUAGUUCAACCUUUAGUAUGUCGCUGGCCCAGUAUAGAGAGGAUGACCAAAUUUAAUAGAAGUGAUCUAGAUUCAAAAUCUGCAUUUGCAAUUUUUUCUCCUACUACGGCUAUAGGCAAAAACAAAGAUAGGAUUCUAUAUUUUUGGAUAGGAAGGUCUUUUCAUCAUGUCAAAAGCUUGGUUCAGUUAGAUAGCAGCAGUGUGAUAGGGAAUAGAGAAGAGAUUGACUGGAACCAAGUUGGUUAUGAUGUUCUAACUCAAUUGGGUCUGCCAAAGGACACCCCUGUUAAGAUUGUCAUAGAAGAUGAAGAACCAACAGAAUUUCUUGCUUUGCUGAGGACAUUGUAGCUCUACUGCAAAUAAGGAGAGAUCUGCAAGCCAAUAGUUUAUAGAUCAUCUUCCUGUUUCUUCAAAUGGCUUAUUAGCUCUGGAAUUUCAGGCAUGAAGUUUAUUUUCCAUGGCAAAACCAAGGAGGUACUUGCUUUUGGAAAAGACCAUUGGACAUGUGGCAGUUCACCUGGUUCUACAGCACCAUAAUACCAUCAUAACCGAUAAUCAUUUGUUUCGCACACUGUUACUGUAUAUUCAGUGUUAGUAGAAUCAAGUUCUGAAGGCUAGUUCCAGCCAAAAUAGAUACACCGUAAUUUCCCUUCUGUGGGUUACUUUUUUCUUUUUUCCCUAAUUCCCAUAACUGUUAAAUUGAAAACUUUGUGUAGAGACAGGUGCUAACAUGAACUUUCAAAGGUAAAUGCUGGAUUCCAAAGCUGGAUAGAUUUCUUCCUCGCUUUUGCUUAUAGAUGAUAUCAUUCUGUCAUUUAUGAGUUUCAUAUUUGCCCAUCAGUCUGAGGAAUUGAACUUGGCUAUGUUUGGUCUUGAUCCUUUUACAAGAUUGCCAUAGCCUAAUAAUUUAUUUUUUAUUUUACACUCGAGGAUUUAAAUUUUGAUUAUUAAUUGAAAUUAAGUUUAUCACUUAAUCAAUAGAUCACACAGCUGUUGGCAAAAAUAAGCACAUCUUUACGAUUUUUUCAUAGCCUAAAUUCAUUGGUUGUCUAAUGUAAAAAGGA